AUGGACGACAAAUCCCUUCUCGACCGGCGAAGGACGCUGGGAGAGAGUCCAAGAUCCAACUCCUUCUUCUCUCGAGUGGGCACCUCGCGCAAAACAAGCAAUGCCGGGCUUGAUGACGCCAGAGGGCCUCUGGGCAUCACCACUGUCUACAAACCCCUGGGGCAUGUCACUGCCGAUCUCAUCUUCGUCCACGGACUAGCUGGAGGCUCACGCAAAACGUGGACAAAGGAUCAAGAUCCGGCUCUUUUCUGGCCUCAAGAAUGGUUGCCAAAAGACGCAGCUUUCAGAGAUGUCAGUAUCCACAUGUUUGGCUAUGAUUCAAAUUGGAACAAAGCAAGUAUCUUGAAUAUACAUGACUUUGCGACGUCGCUCCUUGAGUGGGUGACCAAUUGUCCCGAUAUUCCCAACGAGGCUGAUAGGCCCCUUGUUCUUGUCUGCCACAGCAUGGGAGGCUUAGUGGCAAAGAAGGCUUACAUCCUUUCGAAACGCAACAAGGGAUAUGAGAAGUUCUCAGGGCAUUUACGAGACAUAUUCUUCCUCGCCACCCCGCACCGCGGCUCUAAUCUAGCUGAAUUGCUGUCGAGAAUUCUCCAGGUCUCUGGGGCCAGACCAUUUGUCAACGACCUUCAACCCGGCUCAGCAACAAUUCAAGCAAUCAACGAUGAAUUCCCAGAAUACAGCAAAGACUUGAAUCUUUGGUCGUUCUGGGAGACUUUGCCUAUGACUAUCGGGAUGCAGAAGAAGCUUGUCGUACCGAAGGAGUCAGCAAUCUUGGGCUACUCGAAUGAACGAAAGAUGUUCUUGAAUGCCGAUCACAGAGACGUCUGUAAAUUUGGCAGCCAGGAUGAAGCAAAUUAUCGAGCUGUGAGAAAUGCCCUUGCAGAAGCAUUUAGCAGCUUUAGAACAGUCACAGGUCUCAGCCGCAAUUCUACCAAUUUCGAGCAGCAGCAAUGGAUUAAUGAUUGUCUUGACAUAUCCGACUCACCGGAAGACGAUUACCUACGCGCGGAUGCCCUACGAGUACCCGGCACAUGCGAGUGGAUCAACUCGCGGCCUGCAUUUCAAACAUGGAAAAACGAAGGACGGCCUCAUCUAUACUGGGUGACUGCGAAACCUGGAGCAGGCAAGUCGGUUCUAUCCGGCCACGUCGUCAAGUCAUUGAGAGAAGCCGACAAAGUCUGUGGCUUCUUCUUUUUUAACCAUGGGGACAAGGUAAAAUCCACAAUGGGCGUUUUCUUCCGAUAUAUGGCAUGGCAGAUGGCGUCAGCUAAUACCGCGCUUUUGGAUUCGCUUUGCAAGAUAUGCAAGAGAGAUCCCCAUUUGGCUCAGGCAGAUUACAAGACUGUCUGGCGGAAGCUUUUCUUGGAAUGCAUUUUCAGACAUCCGCCCUCGCAACCACAGUACUGGAUCGUUGAUGGUUUGGACGAAUGCAAGACCGACAGUGAGCUGGUCCCAUAUCUUUUGCAAGCUGCGAAUACCGGCUUCAUUCGCAUCUUCCUAACCUCUCGAACCACCUACGAUUCGUACGGCCUGCCUUUCACAUCUUCCGUCGUUGUCCACAUCGACGCUGUGUCUCAGGAAACGACAAACAGUGACAUCGAGCAGUACCUGAAAGCAAAUAUCAACAACUUGCCUGGUCGCAAUCGCGAUCUGACUGCGGGUUUGCUGUUGACGAAAGCUUCAGGCUGCUUCUUAUGGGUGAGACUAGCUCUUCAAGAACUGAGAAGGGUUUCAACACGAGCUGGUAUACAACAGAUCCUCGAGGAGACACCUUCGGACAUGGAUCAACUGUACAACCGUAUACUGGGCUCGAUCUUCUCAGGCGCACGAGAGAAGAAGAUGAUCAUGGCAAUAUUAGAUUGGACCGCUUGUGCUGCACGGCCACUUACCACCACUGAACUUUACCACGCAUUGAGACUGGAUAUGGAUGAUGAGAUUGACGAUGACGUGACAAGAUUCAUCGAGAACAAUUGUGGCCAGCUAGUCCUCGUAGAUCCUAACGACCGAGUACGCAUGAUCCAUUUGACAGCACGGGACUUUCUCUUUUCCGAUAAAAACACGUCCGUGGCUAGGCUCGACAAGAAGAUCGGCCAUAAGCGACUGGCCUUGGUGAUCUUGAAGUACCUCUAUGGACCAGAAAUGGGCGGGCCGAAGCCAAGGAAACUCAGCGCUACACAAAUCGUUACAGAGCGGUCCUCAUUCGUGGCUUAUGCUUGCGAUUCAUUGUGUCAACAUCUGCCAUUCGUUUCCUCCGAUGACGAUGAGUUUGCUGCAAGUCUAGUUCGUUUCUUGAAAUCACCAAAUCUACUAUCGUGGGUGGAAUACAUCGCUCGGGAAUCUGAUUUGCGUCGCUUGGUUCAGACUGGAACGGCGCUUCGCCAAUACAUGCAACGAAGGACGAAAAAUACACUCCUAUUUGGAAAUUCUGGAAAAGACAUUGAGCUCGUUGAUGCCUGGGCUACUGAUAUGAUCAGGCUUGUCACGAAAUUCGGCACGAAGUUACGUUCAUCUCCUUCUAUUGUAUUCAACUUGAUCGCCCCAUUUUGUCCAAUGCGCAGUGCAAUGAGAAUCCAACAUGGUUCUUCCACAAGGUCAAUAAGAGUCAGCGGUCUUUCUGAACAAAUAUGGGACGACUGCAUUUCAACUAUCACCCUCCCUGCUAGUCCAACAGCAGUUGCUUGCGGCGCCGGAGUGUUUGCCGUCGGCAUGCAGAAUGGAGAUAUUUCCAUCUUCGACGAAACGACAUGUCAAGAACUAAAAAUCGUCAAUCACAGGGAGCCGGUAAAGAGAUUACUUUUCGGAGAUACGGAAAACAUACUUGUCUCUGCGGGCUUGAAACAUAUCUGCAUUUGGAACUCCGCUACUUGGGAGCUGCACUGGACCUUUGAGCUACACUCUCAGUUCAUUUCCUUGGCCCUUGCCGACGAAGAUCAGCUUUUGCUUGUCACGUACCGUUCAAACGAGAUAGUCGUAUGGGAGAUUGCGAAAGGGCUGGCCAGGGAGCCUAUCUCGUGGCUCAAUGAGGAUGAAGAAGAAGUUUCGAGCCAUUUUCGCAGGCCGCUUACAACAGCAAUCUCGGGGGAUCGGACUCUCCUUGCUUUUACCUAUCGAGGACAGGAUACAGUGGUAUGGGAUAUUGAGAAUGCCUGUGUUUACGAUGUCUAUGGCAAGGACGAAGGCUCCCUUGGCGUGACUGCUGAGAAACGCAAUGGAAUCGCCUCAGUCCUGAGCAUGAUCUUCAGUCGAGCUCCUGAAGCGCAACUGCUCGUCGUAAGUUACAACGAUGGCGUGCUCAGUCUCUUCAACAUUGCCGAAGGCACAGUGCAAGCUCAAGCAGCAGCAAAUGGGCAUACUCUUGCAUCCUCAGCCGACGGCUUGACUCUGGCCUGUGGAAACUCUGCGGGUACCAUCUCCAUUUUUGAGUUCGACACACUGAAGUUACUCUACAGGAUUCAGGCUGAAGACUCGAAUAUCAAGCAAUUGGCAUUCAGUGCUGACGGCCAUCGCCUGGUGGACAUACAGGGCAACCAUUGCCGGAUAUGGGAUCCACCCGUACUGCUUCGUCAAGAGCUUGAUGAACAAAACAGCGAUACUGUCUCCAUCUCAACCAGCCCUGUCGACAUCAAGCUAGACGAUGACGUCGACGUCUUGUUAAUCAGCGCAAUGGCUUACGCGGAUAAUGGUAGCAUCAUUCUCUGCGGCAAGGAGAAUGGAGGCGUAUAUCUCUAUGACUCACAGACGGGACGAGAACGGGAGGAACUUCUACACCAGCACAAGGGCACACCCGUUGUCUUUCUCCAUUACGACGUUCAGAGCAGCAUCUUGAUCUGUUGUGAUGCGUCGAGCAGGAUUACGGUGCACAAGUUGGUUCGGAAACGAGACGCCUGGACAAUAGGAGUUCAGUAUCUUGAUCACCGUGCAGGAGCCGCUGUAAAUCAGAUCUUGGCCAAUGCUGGCGUAAGCCAGCUUCUCAUAUCAACGGUCGAAUACGACAUCUUAUGGCGGGUGACGUCGGCACGAUGUGAAAAGACGGCAACCCUGAACUGGCAAGAUUGUGACAAACCUCGCCAUUGGGGCAUUCACCCCUCUAGGAGCGAGCAGCUGAUACUGGUGACUGGAACAGAGGCUCAUCUCUACGAGUGGGACUCUUUGAAGAGACUGACUGGUGACAACGGCAUCCGCUUCAGAGAAUCCGAUGGUUCUAAGCUCUUGAUAAAAGGAGUGCGGCCUUGCUUUGAUGAAAAGUUUCUGGCCAUGACAUGUGUGGACACGUCGGGGUCACACCCGCGGUCCAAACUCAUGUUUUGGGAUGCUGAAGAUAUCAUCCCCGGUAACGCAUUGAUGGUGCCAGUCGAGCAUUUCCAGCCCCUCGCUGACCAGGUCCAGUACCUGGUCGGGAUCUUCAAUCAUCGGAUAGUGUUCCUGCUCGCCGAUGGCUGGAUAUGCUCGGCGGAUUCCCACAGCUUCCACGAAGAACACUACGACCGCCACUUUUUCAUCCCGGCCGACUGGCUCAGCACGGCGGGGAGCCUGCGGAUCGAAGUCCUUCGGGAUGGAACCAUCCUAUUCGUGAAGCGAGACGAACUCGCCGUGAUAAAACGGGGCUUGGAGCAUUUCGAGCAUGGGCAGUCGCGGGCCUGGGGCAAGCGCCCUAGUGUUUCCCGGUCAGCCGUUAGUGACCCUACAGAUUCUAUAUCUCGGAUGAGGACAGCGUCCCUUCCUUCCAGGUAG